AUGGCACAACGGGCGGUGGCGACGGUGCUUUACCAGGUCGUGCUCUUUGCGAGCCCGCAGUUCUACAGCUUCCCGUGGAAGCCGCUGCUCAACCGCCUCGUCGGCGACACGUACCCCGUGGCCGUCGCCCACUUUGCCCCGCACCACGCCACGCGCGCCAACCUCGCGCUGCAUUUUGUGUGCCUCCUCGUGCAGCUCUCGGGCAACUUUUGCUUUCUCACGCUGCUGGACAUGACCGUGACGGGGUCGCGCGCGCGUCCUUUUUCGCUGGCGACCGCGCUGCUCUGGUCGGUCUACUUGGUGCUCGGCGCGACAACGGCGCCGAUCUGGUGCAACGUGGCUGCCGUUGCGAGCAUCGUGGCUGCCUACGCGGCGGCACCGGUGCUUCUCCAGCAGCCAACCGCGUUGACGCUAGUGCCACUGGUCCUCUACGUCCUUGUUGCGCUGUCGUAUGCGAUCUUGGCCCGUGGUCUGCCACGCGUCCUGCCCGCCGUUCUCGUAGCGCUUUUCUUGGCGGUGCUGCAGAGUGGAUGGACGUACCUUGCGUCGCUGCCGCCCGCGCCGAUGGACGUUGCAAUCCCGUCAGCGAUCGGUUUUGGGAGUGUCCUGGCGCUCUUGGCAGCGCUGCCCAACCCCGCUGUUCCCACCGUGCUGUUUGGUGCGCUCGUCGGCCGGUCGCUGGGCAUUUGGACACGCCAGCCGCUGCUGACGAUGUACUGCUACGGGUACUUUGGCGCGCUUCUGCAAGGCCUCGCGCAUCGCCUCGUGAACGAGCAAGCGACGCUCUUGGCGCUCGAAGACGAAGAGUCGCUCAAGAAGGUCCGCUACGAAUAUGCCCACGUGACGUACUUUCCGACGUUGCUGUUUGAAGGCAUCUACAAGGCUGCGAGUCGCCCGCGCCACACGAAAAAGGCUGCGUAG